UCCCUUCCACACCUUCCUCCUCAGAGGCAAGACAACAACAGCUGAGGCAGAGAAAGGGUAGUGUUGGGAAGCUGGGGCAACCAACUCUGAAAAUCCAGGUGUUUAAGGAAGGAGACAGAUUUGUGAAGAUGGGAACUAUACAAGAGGCAGAAGAAAAGACAUUGGCUGUUGGGGCCAGGGAGAAUGCGGAAGCAGCAGGACCAGGAGCAUCCCUGAGACUCGGGGAACUGGAGCUGGAGGAGGAAUGGCAGGAUGAAGACUUCCAUAGAUUACUUUCUGAAGAGGCUAACUCUUCUGAAGAUCCUGAGGACCCUAAAAGAGACUCACAGGCAGGUACCCCCAGCACUCUGGCCCUGUGUGGCCAGCGCCCCAUGCGUAAACGUCUCUCUGCCCCAGAGCUGCAACUGGAUUUGACGAAGCCUGGAGAUAAAGGCGCUUCUCCCACCUACUCUGUACCUUCCUCUCCUGCUGGCAGUUCUGACCUGGACAUAGACGAAUUGGAGACCCCUUCAGACUCUGAGAAGCUGGACAGUGGACAUGAAUUUGAAUGGGAAGAUGAGCUGCCCCAAGCAGAGGGUCUGGGGGCCAGUGAGGCAGCUGAAAGGCUGGGCCAGGGCUGUGUGUGGGAUGUGGCUGGAGAAGAUGGCCAUCGCUGGAGGGUGUUCCGAACAGGGCAGCGGGAGCAGCAAGUGGACAUGACUGUCAUUGAGCCCUAUAAGAAAGUCCUGUCUCAUGGAGGCUACCAUGGUGAUGGACUCAAUGCUGUCAUCCUCUUUGCUUCCUGUUAUCUACCCAGAAGCAGCAUCCCCAACUACACCUAUGUCAUGGAACACUUAUUUAGGUAUAUGGUGGGAACUCUGGAGCUGCUGGUAGCUGAAAAUUAUCUGCUUGUUCAUUUGAGUGGAGGCACAAGCAGGGCCCAAGUUCCACCUCUGAGCUGGAUACGCCAGUGUUACCGGACUCUGGAUCGGCGGUUAAGGAAAAACCUGCGCGCCCUGGUGGUUGUCCAUGCUACGUGGUAUGUGAAGGCUUUCCUGGCACUGCUUCGGCCCUUCAUCAGUUCCAAGUUCACACGAAAGAUUCGUUUUCUGAACAGCCUGAGAGAACUGGCCCAACUCAUCUCUUUGGAUCAGGUCCACAUCCCUGAAGCUGUCAGACGGCUGGACCAGGAUCUCCAUGGCUCAGGAAGGACCUAGAACAGGACUGGAAUAAAGGGUCUUAGAACCAAACAAAGAUACUGAUCUGCUACACCUUAACCCCUGAAACAUCUCAGCUGUUUUGUAAACCAUCUCAUCCUCAACCCCAGUGCCCCAGGAUCUUUACAUCUCAAUGUGGUGUCAUUCCUUCAGUGGCUUUGCCUUCAAAUCAGGGCUUUGAGGUCUGGAACCUGAUCUACUGGGUGACUUUCAUUUCAGCCAAGUAGUAGCAUUUUGUAUUGGAAAUGGCAAAGCUGUGGGUCUUAGUCCUGCUUUAGCUGUGGAAUCUUGGGCAGAACUUCAUUUCUGUGAGUCAUUUUCAUUCUCUUAAAGGGGCUGAGAUUCUUUCCACCUGGGGUAUUCUAGCAGUUGGGGAAAGUGCGGGGCUAUGGGAAGGGCAGGGCUUAACUGAACAUAGCCAGCCUGCCUGCUGGGAACCAGGAAGGAGUCCACUCCCGAAGUCUUGGAGAACCACCGAUGCCCCCUUCCUUGUUAG